AUGAUGGCAGACGACUGGAUCGCUAACAGCGACAUGGAGAUGCGCGAGACGACGAACAAAGCGAAAACAUCGGACUGCAUCAACAACGGGGCCGUCGUCUUUCACGCGGUUAACGUGAUUGUGUACAGCUUCGUUAACAUUACAAUCGACACCGACGUCACUGAUCACACCAAUGAAAUAAUUCACAUCCACAAAAUUCCAUUCGACAUACGCACGCAGAGCAUCUACAGAUUCGUAUUAAUCAUCGAGCUGGUGCACUUCGUCGUGUGCGCCGUAGCGAUCUGUAUUCUGAACAUUUUGCCCAUAAGCUUCACCCUACACGUGGGUGGCCAAAUAGACAUACUGCAUUGCUGGUUGGCGGAACUCGUGGUCGAGGGAACCGGGAAAAAAAGCGGGUCUGUCGUCAGCAUGAUACCUAAGAUCAUUCGGAAACAUCAGAAAAUCAUUCGCCUUUCGGAGAACAUCGUGAGCAUGUAUUCGCUCAUCGCAUUGGUGCACUUCAUAUCGAACGUGAUUAUUAUUUGUUUAGUAGGAUUUCUGUUCAUAACGGCAACUGGCAAUUCCGACACGGCAGGAAAGAUAGUGCGAUCACUUACGUACUGCGUGACGAAUGUGGAAGGGUUCAUCUUCCGCUGCGCUGGAGAAUAUUUGAUGAACAAAAGCAAAGCGAUCGGACACGCUGCGUAUGAUACCGCCUGGUGCGACAUGCAACCGAAACAUUGUCGCAUUUUGUUGUUCAUUAUACUGAGAUCGCAGAAGCAAUUGACGCUCACAGUUGGAAAAUUGAUGGACCUCUCGCUGCAAACAUUCGCGAGUAUCAUGAAUUGCGCGGCAUCCUACUUGACGGUGUUGUUGGCGAUGCAAUGA